AUGAAAAAAAAUAUUUAUUACAGCAUAUACUAAGCUGUCUUUCUCCCUUGAAAAAAAACACCUCCUUUUUUUCUCACCGCGUAUUCCACUUUCCUUUCACUCCUCUCUGCUUGUUCAAACGCGCAGCUGCACAAUCUAUACAUACAGAUUUCUCUCUUUCUAUAUAUCUACAUAUAUAUAAAUUACAUUUUUGUUUUUUCUCUCUCUACAUUCAUUCAUUUUCUCUCUCUAAUGUGUUUGAAUCGAGACUCGCUCUGCAUUCUUCACUAGAACAUGGCGGCCACCACCACCACCACUCUCUUCCUCCUCUUCCCAUUUCUCCUUAUACUCGGCCAAACCCUAGCCCAAACACCCACGCCGACGGCUCUGGCUCCGGCGCCGGCCUCCGACGCCUGCAACGGAAUAUUCCUCACGUACACAUACGCCACCGGGAAAAUCGUGCCCCCAAUCCUGAAGCGGGAUCCGGCCCGGCAGGGCUACCGAUUCGAGUCGUCCUUCACCGUACUGAACAACGAUCUCGAGGAGCUGAAAUCGUGGCGCGUGUUCGUCGGCUUCCAGCACGACGAGUACUUGGUCUCCGCUUCGAACGCCGUCCUCGCCGACGGGAAUUCGAUUCCGGGUAGCGUAGGUAACGGGUCGACUUUCGCCGGGUUCCCGAAUACGGAUCUCAAAACGGGUAUCGAGACUGCCGGCGAUUUGACCCAGAUGAGCACCCGGGUUAAGCUCGUCGGAACCCAGUUCGGCGUGGGCCCACGCGCCGUCCCUUUGCCGAAGAAUAUUUCUCUAGUUAACGAUGGCUGGGUUUGCCCUGAACUCACUAUGCUAGGCAAUUCAACAAUGCAGGUGUGUUGCACAAGAGACCCAAAUUUCAAGACCAACGUAACCCUAGACGAAGGAUUCUUACCUCGUCAAGAAGGCGAUCUAACGAUAAUGUACGACGUAUUAAGAACCUACGAAUCCAACUACUGGGCCCAGGUUGUAAUGGAGAACCACAACCCGCUCGGCCGCCUCGACAACUGGCAGCUCAGCUGGGAUUGGAUGGAAGAAGAGUUCAUCUUCGCCAUGAGAGGGGCCUACCCCUCCAUAGUCGACACGACAGAAUGCGUGUUCGGUAAACAAGGCCAGUUCUACCAGAGCCUCGAUUUCUCCACCGCCUUGAACUGCGAGCGCAGGCCCACCAUAAUCGAUCUCCCCUUGGCCAAAACCAACGACUCCAAUUUAGGGAUGAUCCCGUUUUGCUGCAGGAACGGGACGAUUUUGCCCCCCGAAAUGGACCCCGGCAAAUCGAAAUCGGCUUUCCAAAUCAACGUCUUUAAGAUGCCGCCCAAUCUGAACCGCUCCGAUCUGACGCCGCCGCAGAACUGGGCGGUGAAAGGGCGUCUCAAUCCGGAUUACAAGUGCGGGCCGCCCGUCCGGGUCUCCCCUACCCAAUUCCCCGACCCGAGUGGGCUUCUAUCCGACUCCUCUGCUGUUGCCAGCUGGCAGGUGGUUUGUAACAUCACGCACACAUCGGGGGCCGCCCCGCGAUGCUGCGUAUCAUUUUCGGCCUAUUACAACGAAUCGACUAUUCCGUGUAAAACAUGCGCUUGUGGUUGUCCGGCGACUAGCGGGCGGACAUGCAGCGGCACAGCUCCGGCGAUGCUAAUCCCAUCUCAAGCAUUAUUAGUCCCGUUCGAUAACCGGACCGUUUUGACACGGGCUUGGGCGGAGCUCCACCACUUUCCGGUACCGAACCCUAUCCCAUGUGGCGAUAACUGUGGAGUUAGUCUCAAUUGGCAUUUGUUCACCGAUUAUCGAGGCGGUUGGUCAGCAAGAAUCACUAUUUUCAAUUGGGAUGACGAAGCGUUCGUCGAUUGGUUCACGGCAGUCCAGCUGGACAAGGCGGGACCCGGUUUCGAGAAGGUGUACUCGUUCAACGGGACUAUGAUGGAGAACAGUAACGGGGUGAACGAUACCAUUUUCAUGCAGGGUUUGCCCGGUUUGAACUAUUUGGUGGGUGAGGUAAACGGGUUGGAUCCAAAGAAGGAUCCGCGGGUACCGGGUAAGCAGCAGUCGGUUAUAUCGUUUACGAAGAAGUUGACGCCCGGGAUUAAUAUUCCGGCGGGCGAUGGGUUUCCGAAGAAGGUUUACUUCAACGGGGAGGAGUGCUCUUUGCCGACGGUUUUUCCGGCGAGCGGUGGUUGGAGAUUCGGGUCUUCGUCGGUUUUGUCGGCGGUGAUUUUGGCGGUUGUGGUGUUUUUCUUGGUGGAGCAAUAGUGGAUGGAAGAGGUGGGAUUUGUAUUUGUUCAUUCUUUUUUGGGUUUAUUUUGAUGAAAACAGAGAGAUUUUUUGGCUCUUGAAAUCAGACUGUUGAUUAUGAUUUUUAAUUAGAGGAAUAUAUAUCAAAAUGUUGGAGUUGUAAAAUAUACAAAUGUUUAGUGUCACAAUACUCUUUUCAUAAAGUUUGAUUCCUUUAAGUUCA